GAGAAAGAAGGCGGUAUAACGGUGUCCGUCCAUCCUAGCGACAGAGGAAGAGGUGGAGAGGGGCACAUAGAGAGAAAGGGGGAGAGGGGCAACGUACGGAGAGAGAGAAAGAGGAGGGCCUAGAGCUAUUGUUCAUGUCUGCCCACGAACAAAGGGCUGGUCGGGGUCCGUACGUAAAUCCACAGCAGGCUUCUGCCCACUAAACCGGGCCUCUUGCGGGACAAAACAUAACCGAAACCCGCUAUCCGUUUUAACACCGUUCUAUCCGUACUAAUAUUUUUUUUCUGGAAAAGGUGGGACGCUCCGUAUUGCGCCGCGAACCAAACCAGCCACCGUACUGGUCCCGUUUUUACGCACAGAGCGUGCAACACGGUCAAUCGCGGAUCUGUAAACAUCAAUUUUUUGAUUGGACUUCUUUGCAGGCUGUUCCUCCAAGUCGUUCAAGCUGUACUCCCCCAAGGAGCCCCCCAACGGCAGCGCCUUCCCCCCCUUCCACCCAGGAACCAUGCUGGACCGAGACGUGGGCCCCACCCCAAUGUACCCCCCCACAUACCUGGAGCCAGGCAUAGGGAGACACACCCCGUAUGGGAACCAGACAGACUACAGGAUAUUUGAGCUCAACAAACGGCUACAAAACUGGACGGAGGAGUGUGAUAACCUGUGGUGGGAUGCCUUCACUACAGAGUUCUUUGAGGACGACGCCAUGCUCACCAUCACCUUCUGUCUGGAGGACGGGCCCAAACGCUACACGAUUGGCCGGACGCUGAUCCCUCGGUACUUCCGGAGUAUCUUCGAAGGGGGCGCCACUGAGCUGUUCUACGUGCUCAAGCACCCCAAGGAGUCCUUUCACAACAACUUUGUGUCCCUGGACUGUGACCAGUGCACCAUGGUCACCCAGAACGGCAAGCCCAUGUUCACACAGGUGUGUGUGGAGGGCCGUCUGUACCUGGAGUUCAUGUUUGACGACAUGAUGAGGAUCAAGACCUGGCACUUCAGCAUCAGACAGCACCGAGAGCUGAUCCCUCGGAGCAUCCUGGCCAUGCAUGCCCAGGACCCCCAGAUGUUGGACCAGCUGUCUAAGAACACCACCAGGUGUGGCCUGUCCAACUCCACCCUCAACUACCUCCGACUGUGUGUGAUCCUGGAGCCCAUGCAGGAGUUGAUGUCCAGACACAAGACCUACAGUCUCAGCCCCCGGGACUGCCUCAAGACCUGCCUCUUCCAGAAGUGGCAGAGGAUGGUGGCCCCCCCAGCCGAGCCGGCCCGGCAGGCCCCUAACAAGCGGAGGAAGCGUAAGAUGUCCGGCGGCAGCACCAUGAGUGCUGGUGGAGGGACCAACAACAGCAGCAACAGCAAGAAGAAGAGUCCAGCCAGUAGCUUCCCCCUGUCUAGCCAGGUCCCGGACGUGAUGGUGGUGGGAGAGCCCACUCUGAUGGGAGGGGAGUUCGGCGACGAGGACGAGCGUCUGAUCACGCGGCUGGAGAACACGCAGUUCGACGCGGCCAACGGCCUCGACGACGAGGACAGCUUCAACAACUCGCCGGCGCUCGGAGCCAACUCGCCCUGGAACAACAAGGCUCCUUCCAGUCAGGAGAGCAAGAGCGACAACCCCACCUCCCAGGCGUCGCAGUAGAGCCCAGAGCAGCAGAACCUCAAACCCCAGGCGUCGCAGUAGAGCCCAGAGCAGCAGAACCUCAAACCCCAGACAUCGCAGUAGAGCCCAGAGCAGCAGAAGCAGCAACAACAACAACCCCAGAAAGAGUCCAGAAACUCAACCCCCCUCCACCACCGCCAAGGAAUCGCAGCCGAGCCCAGAAAGACGCAGACAUCGCAAUCGAUCCCCGAUUUUUUUGAAACCUAAACCCCACCGUCAAGGAAUCGCAGUCCAGCACACUCCCAGACAUCACAGUCGAGCCCAGAGCAAAGAAGCCCCCAGAUGACACCACCUAUAUCCCUAGGUGCGCCUACCGUACAACACCCACUCCCCUAGGCAUCGCAGUCGAGCCCAGAGCUCACUGCCCCGUCUUUGACCUAUCCUAUCAUUUCUCAACCACUGAUCAUUUCACCUGAUGUAAGACUCCAUCCAGCAGGGCUGGUGAUCCAUCACUGGCCUCGCCCGCAGAGACGAGCAAAUAGGGGAUGAGGUGGUGGGGGAGGGAGGGCGGAAGGAAGAUAUGGGGUGAGGAAGGGGGGAGGGAGGAGGCUGGCAGAAGGAUGGACAGUUGCCUAGGGAGUCAUCAUACGUGCAUCCGUGGCACUUAAUUCUGCUCCACUGUGCUGCUGCAGGGGAGAUGGUGUGUGUGAGUGUGUGUGUGUGUGUGUGUGUGGUGAAUGUGGUCACCUUGGUGGGUUUAAAAGCCUGGACUCUGCUAAAACACGUGGACCAGAGUUAAGUCCUCUUACACACACACACACACACACACAGUCAGACUGGAUGCUCAACUGUGAUACUAGGGAUCCCUCUUGCGUGCGCGCACACACACACACACAGGAUGAAGACAUGGAAGGAUCUUGCGAGCCCAACUUUCUUUGGUAACAGCAAGGCUGUGACAUACUUUUAAACAGAGAGCAUUUAAACACACACACACACCUGUUUUAAGAAUUUUUUACCAGUCUGGAUUUCCCUAGAAUGUUUUUUCUUGUUUAUACGCAGGCAUUUCAAUAGUUCUUUUUUAUUUUUUACCAAUAUUGAAACAGCUACAAACCAAGGAGUUAAACAGGUCUUUUAUCUCCCCUAAAAAAAAGAUAUAUUUGGGUUUUUAUUAAUCGUUUAUGUUUAUAUAAGAAAUAAAUAAUUUAGUGUGGAUGUUUUUUUUGUGUUAUUUUUUGAAGAUUUUACAUUUGUUUUUUGUGUAUUUGUGCUUGUAUAUUUAAGGUAGUAGCAGUCUGACUGUAACAAGCUGUAUUCUUACCUAGAGUUACCUAAAGCCAUCAUUAUCUAAUGUAAAAGAAGAAAAAGUUAAAAAAAAGAAAAAAUGACAACACAAACCUCUCCCAUCCCACCUCCCUCCUUUUCCCCCAGCCCUCUAUCCUCCUCCAGUCUCCCAUCCUACCUCCCUCCCACCUUCCUCGCUUGUCCCCCCUCCCUCUCUCCCUAUCCCUCCCCCAGUCCUCUCGCUCUUGUUAAACUUGUGUAUAUUGAAUUGAAGACAUUGCUCGGGUACAGAGUCACCACUUGAAGGAGUCACUUCUGAGUCCUCGUUUUCUAUUUAUUGUCAGACUAAAAACACUCACACACCAUUUUUACAACUGUCUCCGAUAUCUAUCUGUCAAACCUUGAUCAUAAACGUAGUCGUUUACACUGCUACCGUGAAAAAUGUUUUGUGUUCCCCCCCCCCCUAUCCCAUCCCAUCCGUAUAAAUAAAGUCAAUACAUCAAAUCAAGAGAAAAUCUAAUUGUAUUCGUACAGCCCUUUUUUACAAGCAAUGUCACAGACGGCUCCACAGAUGGCCAUAGAACUGCCCCUACGUCAUUAUUCAAAUGAUGUUUUCUGGAGACUAAUCUCGCUCAUCUCCGAGUAUGUAUGAUUGUGUUCACGAAUAACUAGCUGGUCAAAUCAAAUCAUCGUAUUUGUAACCCAGACUGUCGUCUUUGUCAUCACCAUGGAGAUGUGCUGUGUGACCUUCGGCCACCACAAGAGGGCGCCCUAAACCCGUGUCGUACUCAGCUGUUCCUUGCUUUGUCUCCCUGUGACCCUCCCCCCUUCCUCUUACACACGUGGGUAGCUUUGUAACAUUUUAUUUUCUGUCCAACAAUUGACAUAAGACGGUAAACUUGUCUUUUUUUUCUUUUUUUUAUGCCGUUUGUUUUUCAGGAGGAGCUGCAGUUGUGAGUGAAUGGUGACUUCUCGUACCCUCUGCAGAAUCUGUAGAAAACAAACAAAAAAAGACAAAA